UGCUUGCGCAGUUCCGCUCAAUCCCUAACUAAACCUCUCCUCCCCGCCACCAUGCGCCGCCCACCACGGCUCGUAGUCGGAGGAGCCUCCUCGCCCUCGCUCGCAUGGCGUUCCCUCUGCACCACCGCCUCCGCCUCCGCCUCCGCCAUCCCCAUUCCCGCCGCGCCACCCCACCAAACCGAUCCCCUGUCUGCCCACUUCUCGAACCGCCCGGCCGCGCGCGACCCCGCCGUCGUGGAGAACCUCACCUCCACCCUCCGCGCGCUCUUCGCCUCAUCCUCGUCCCACACGCGUGCCUUCACCCUCCUCAAGUCGGCCGCCUUCGACGCCGGCCUCGCCCCGGACGCCCUCGUCGACGCCGUCCUCUCCGCCGCGGCCGGCCCUCACUCCGGCUCCCCCGUCGCAGCCGCUCACGUGUCCCUCCUAAGCCGCCUCCUCACCUCCCUCUCCCGCGCCGGUCGCGCCAGCGCGGCCACCGACGCCUACGCCCACAUGGUCGUCCGCGGCGUGGUCCCGGACGUCAAGUCCCGCACCGACCUGCUCGUCACCACCGCGCGCUGCUCGUCGGCCCGGGAUGCGCUUGCACUCUUUGCGGAGAUGCGGGGGAGGGGCUAUCGCGUGGACGCAUGGAUGUUCGAUGCGCUCAUGCGGGCCUGCGUCAAGGAAGGGAUGCUCGAGGAUGCUGUCAGGCUGUUUGAUGAAAUGCCCGGCGCUGAGAUCGAGCCCGACCAGCGCGUCUACGCUCUCGUGAUCGCGGCACUGUGCAAACUGCGUGAUGCUGACCGCGCGCUCCUCCUCCUUGGGGCGAUGAAGGAUGCUGGCUUCGAGACCUGGGACUUCACCUACAGGUCUGUGGUGCAUGUGCUCGUCAAGGCGGGAAGGAUGGAGGAGGCUCUGCGGGUCAAGGACGAAAUGCUCUCUGCCGGCAAAAAAAUGGAUGUGGUUCUUGCGACGAUUUUGAUGCAUGGCUAUUGCUUGCGAGGCGAGGUUGAGAACGCUCUGGAUCUUUUCGACGAGACCCUGACGAAUGGUAUAUUGCCCACUAAUGUGACGUACGGGACGCUUAUAAGAGGCUGUGAUCAAGCCGGGAUGACACAGAAGGUGUAUGUGCUAUAUCGUCAGAUGAGAGGGCAGGGGCUGUUGCCAAGUUCACACGAGUUCAAUUUGGUUAUCAAGAGCCUGUUGUGUGAUAAACGGUGGGAAGAUGCUGUAAGCUUGUGUAUGGAGAUGGCUGAUUAUAGGUUACCGGAUGUCUUCACGUACAAUGGUCUAAUUCGUUGGCUGUGCCAGCAACAUAAGCUCCGCGAAGCACUGCACUUGUUUGGUAAGAUGAAAGAAACUGGAGUGAAACCAUCUGUUGUGACAUACAACAGCUUGUUAAUGGGUUACUGUGAGAAGGGGUCCAUGGAUGAAGCAGUCAAACUGUACUCAGAGAUGCCUGUGGAAGGAUUUGUACCUAAUGUGUUCACGUACACAUUUUUGAUGAAAGGGUAUAUCAAGAAGAAGGCUUUUGACAAGGCCUAUGCCCUCCUUGAUGAAAUGAAACAGAAUGGAGUUUCUUGCAAUGAGUAUACAUAUAAUGUUCUCAUAAAUGGCAUUUGCAUGGGUGACCGGAUUUAUGAAGUUGAUGAAAUGCUGAAGAACUUCAUAGGUGAAGGUUUUGUCCCAAGCACAAUGACAUACAACAGUAUCAUCAAUGGAUUUGUGAAAGCUGGUAUGAUGUGCUCAGCAUUUUCUAUGUAUCAGCAGAUGCGUGAGAAAGGUAUACCCGCUAACAUAGUAACAUAUACCAGUUUCAUUGACGGUUACUGCAGAACCAGUUGUUGUGAUCUGGGACUUAAAAUGCUAAAUAAUGUGAGGCGCAAAGGCCUUCAACCUGACAUUGCUGCGUACAAUUCUUUAAUCAGUGGGUUUUGCCGUGAAGGGAAUAUGUCUCAUGCACUGCAAUUUCUUGUUAUUCUCCUGAAAGAUGGUCUAACACCCACAUCUGCCGUGUACACUAAUUUUCUUACUGGGUACAAGGAUUUGAAAAUGAUGAAAGAGGCUUCCAAAUUCUACGAGAGCAUGAUUAGAGAAGGAAUUGCCGCUGAUACAGUAACAUACACUACCUUAAUCGACGGUUUCUCAAAAGAUGGCAAUGUAGCCUUUGCAUUGGAAUUGUACUCAGAGAUGAUGGCUAAGGGUAACAUUCCCGAUGAUAUCACUUUCACAGCGUUAACACAUGGCCUUUGCCGCAUUGGAGACAUUGAUGGUGCUAAGAAGUUAUUGGAUGACAUGAGGAGAUUGGAUGUACGCCCUAAUGCUCUUAUUUAUAACAUGCUAGUAAAUGGAAGCCUCCGUGAUGGUAAGUUGCAAGAAGCAUUCCAGUUGCAUGAUGAAAUGCUCAACAGGGGAAUUGUUCCUGAUGAUACAACAUAUGACUUAUUGGCUGGCAAGAAAUCUCCGGAAGGUGACAGUUUUGUUGAUGCAGAGAGUCCUAUUUAAAAUUUCUGCCAGUUAAGAGAAUCUUGGCUUAAGCAGAUUGAAACUUCCAUUGCAUGACAACAUUGGGAAACUGUUAAAUAAAGUGAAACCUUGCCAGAUGGAAGCAAACAUAAGCAUUGGGAUUUGAGUAUGAGAUGUAUUUGUUGUGUUAUCUGUUUUUCUAUAGAUGAAUCCCUGCUUUACAUUAAAGUGUAAGAGCUCGAUACAAGAAGAAUCUACUAGCGUGUAGGAGGGUGGAACAUUUAACUGAGUCAAAACCACUAGUGCCACCAGCUAUAUUGUGCAGCUUAAAUUUGAUAUCUGCAUUGUUCCUGAUGCUUUCUGAUUAUUCUACUCCAUCCUUGAGGCUUUUCUGAUGAAUAUAGCCAAACUUUGAGGCUUUGCCUCUGUCUUUAAUGGUCAAUACACAUUCUGUCAAAUAAUACUUGAUUUGUUAUCGAUGAA